AUGACGCCCGCUACGGGUGGUACUGUUGUAAGUGUGACGGAGCAAGCUGACACUGUGCCAGGCAAGUCGGUGAAGACCGAGGUGUUCCGCUCCGGAGAGACCGGACGGCAGCAUCGUGACCAAGACGGUCCGCACGACGACUUGCACCACGAAGCCUGCGGACGGCGAGCUCGUGACGACGAUCGAGGUGGAAACGACGACUGA